UCCCUCCCCUCUCCCCACUCUGGGCUCCUCUCUCUCACCCACACUUUCUUUCUCACACACGCACGCAGACACAUUCUCCCUCUCUGCGCUCUCUCCCUCGGUUUCCCUCUCUCCCUCUUUCUCUUUCACUUUUGCAUGCCCUGCAACCUUUUAAAAUGUUGCCCCUUCCCUGUGAUUCGCCAGACGCCGCGCCGCGGCCCCCCGCGCGCUCGCCCGCUCCCUCUCUCGCCCGCUUUUUGUCUCUCGCGCUCCCUCUCCCCACCUCCGAUUUGCUACACUGAGGCUCCCGUCAAUGGACUGCAUUGAGAGCCGGCUCCGGCGCGAGUUGCCUCUCCGCUUCACGCUCGAUUUCCAGGCAUUCUUCCCUUAUUAAGUAUUCGUGUAAUAUUAAUAGUCAUGAAUAUCUGCUAUUAGGAGGCUCCAGGAACGCUGCCCAGCGCGGUUAUUAGAAGCUCAAGCGAAGCCGCCGCUAAGAAAAGAGGGGAGACACGGAUUAAGGAACACGCACAUACACACAGACACACACACACUUUUUUCUUUUCCUUUUUUGGGGUUUUUCAUUUUUUAAGGAACUUUGAAUCAUAACCGAUCACGGCAGGAUAGAGACCGUGGGUUCGACCAGCUGAAGGCGCCGCUCGAAUCGGUGGUUCAAGUUCGGAUGGACCAGAGCGGGGCUCCAGCGCUCGGGGGAGCGUCUGCGCUGUGACUGGAGUCCUGGGUGGCGCGGGGCUCUCGGCGCCUUUUGUGUGGGGCGCGCUCGGGCGGCGGGGCAGCCGGGCUCUCCAGGCUUGCUUGUUUUUUUCCACCCUGACUCGUUACCCCAGACUCUUCGCAGAUGUUAGUUCACAGUUUUUCAGCUAUGGACCGCCACGACGGCACCAGCAACGGGACGGCGCGGUUGCCCCAGCUGGGCACUGUAGGUCAAUCUCCCUACACGAGCGCCCCGCCGCUGUCCCACACCCCUAAUGCCGACUUCCAGCCCCCCUACUUCCCCCCGCCCUACCAGCCUAUCUACCCCCAGUCUCAAGAUCCUUACUCCCACGUCAACGACCCCUACAGCCUGAACCCCCUGCACGCUCAGCCGCAGCCGCAGCACCCGGGCUGGCCCGGCCAGAGGCAGAGCCAGGAGUCUGGGCUCCUGCACACGCACCGGGGGCUGCCGCACCAGCUUUCGGGCCUGGAUCCUCGCAGGGACUACCGGCGGCACGAAGACCUUCUGCACGGCCCACACGGGCUUAGCUCAGGACUCGGAGACCUCCCGAUCCACUCCUUACCUCACGCCAUCGAGGACGUCCCGCAUGUAGAAGACCCGGGUAUUAACAUCCCAGAUCAAACUGUAAUUAAGAAAGGCCCCGUGUCCCUGUCCAAGUCCAACAGCAACGCCGUCUCCGCCAUCCCCAUAAACAAGGACAACCUCUUCGGCGGCGUCGUGAACCCCAACGAGGUCUUCUGUUCAGUUCCGGGUCGUCUCUCGCUUCUCAGCUCCACCUCGAAGUACAAGGUCACGGUGGCGGAAGUACAGCGGCGCCUCUCACCGCCCGAGUGUCUCAACGCUUCGCUGCUGGGCGGAGUGCUGCGGAGGGCGAAGUCUAAAAAUGGAGGAAGAUCUUUAAGAGAAAAACUGGACAAAAUAGGAUUAAAUCUGCCAGCAGGGAGACGUAAAGCUGCCAACGUCACCCUCCUCACGUCACUAGUGGAGGGAGAAGCGGUCCACCUAGCCAGGGACUUUGGGUACGUGUGCGAAACCGAAUUUCCUGCCAAAGCAGUAGCUGAAUUUCUCAACCGACAACAUUCCGAUCCCAAUGAGCAAGUGACAAGAAAAAACAUGCUCCUGGCUACAAAACAGAUAUGCAAAGAGUUCACUGACCUGCUGGCUCAGGACCGAUCUCCCCUGGGGAACUCCCGGCCCAACCCCAUCCUGGAGCCUGGCAUCCAGAGCUGCUUGACCCACUUCAACCUCAUCUCCCACGGCUUCGGUAGCCCAGCGGUGUGCGCCGCCGUCACGGCCCUGCAGAACUAUCUCACCGAGGCCCUCAAGGCCAUGGACAAAAUGUACCUCAGCAACAACCCCAACAGCCACACGGACAACAGCGCCAAAAGCAGUGACAAAGAGGAGAAGCACAGAAAGUGAGGCUGUCCUCCCGCCCUGCCUCUCCGGCCUCACCAGCCUGGGAGCCCACCCACCCAGUCUCCACCCCACCUACCCCGCCCC